AUGCGCGUUCCAAGGUUGGUUUUAGACACGUCAGAGCCAAAAUGGGCGUCACCGUUCGCCCGUUUCCGGGAGUCUGCGGUCGAUUCAUUGUUGAUCGGGCCACCGCGGAGGUCUGGGCCUGACAGUGCGCUCUAUCAAUGGCGGAGACAGGACAGGGCGGACGGGUUUGAUCCAGAGCAGAUGGGUUCAUGCUUUACUAUUUUUACGCUCUCCAAAAGGACAUCAGAGGCGCAAGAUCGCCGAGAGAAACACGGCAGAGGUUUCAAGAAGGCGAGUAUGUUGGAGACCUCACAGAGAGCAGUUGAUUCCCAGAAGAUGGAUGUUGAGAGCGUGCAGUUUUCCUUCCACGGAUUACGACAAAAGAAGGAAGGAAACAAACCUCAUGAUAUUGUCCCCUCCCUGAUGAGAAAUCAUCUGGUUCAGAGUGAAAGCUCCACAUUAAAGAUGCCAACGACGAUACUGGAUAAGAAGCGGUAUGUGGGCCUUCUGGCUGGAGCGCUAGCGCCAAACGACAUGGACUUUGUGAAGUAUAUCAUUAACUGCUUCAAAGUGUACUAUCCAAAGUUUCUUUCCAAAAAUGAUCAUGUACGAGAUGCCUCUUGGAUCAUGAAUGGAACCUGGAAGAUAGUGAAGACGUGGCUGGGCCCCGAAGCCAUCAGUAAGCUCAAGUUUGUCACCAAGAGUGACAUCCAGAUAUAUUUAAAUAAAGAGCACCUUCCACCGCACAUGGGAGGAACGGACCAAUUCAAAUACAGUUAUCCGCCUCUCCCGGACGAUGACUUCCAGUCUCCAAUCUGUGAAAACGGUCCAAUCGUUCAGCGGAAGAUGAGGAGUGACAUCAAAGAUAUCGAAUCCGAGUCCAAAGAGACUCUCGAAUCCCGUUUCAAUUUCAGCAAUCACUCAAAACCCAAGAAGGUGAAUUUCCUUGAAGACAGUCAGAAGUCUGAAGAUCUGGACAGAGGAGAACCUGGACGCCUGAGAGGAGCUAGAAAACCUACCACCACAUUCAAGGGCACAUUACUGGACAUCAGUCCAUCAGAAGAGCUCCGAUUCGGUGCUAAAGAAUCAGAGAGGAAGUGUUUGAUCAUCCUCAACAACGUCACCAAAAACCACGUGGCCUUUAAGGUCCGGACGACGGCUCCAGAGAAGUACCGCGUGAAGCCCAGUAACAGCAGCUGUGAGCCCGGGGCCAGCGUGGACAUCGUGGUUUCACUUCAUGGAGGGUUCCAGGCGUCUCCUCAGGACAGGUUUCUGGUGAUGGCAGCAGAGAUGGAGAGCAGCGCCGGAGCCGGUGUCUCAGAGCUCGCUCUCUUCUGGAAGGAGGUUUCUAAAGCCAAAGUCAUGGAGCACAGGCUGCGCUGUCACCUCCUCGAGAGCCCAAAGUCUAUUCUGAGCAACUUGUCUGAGAGUCCGUCAGCGACAAGCAACGAGCAUCAGGACCUGCAGAGCACGCUGAUGCGUGUGCUGGCCACUAACUCUCGUCUGGAGCGAAAACUUGGACUCGUGUGUGUGUACGCAAGAAGGUCCUGGCUGCUCAUGGUGUCGUUUCUGUUUUGGCCCUCCACUACCUACUCGCUCUGGACCUCAUGA